AUGAACACAUUCAGAACUCUGGUGUUACUGCUGGCUUUGGGCGCUUCGGUCUGUGAAGGAGGUAAUCCGUGUUGCGCAGCGCCUUGCCAGAACAGAGGCGUGUGCACAGCUUUGGGUUCGGACAAUUACGAGUGUGACUGCACACGCACAGGAUAUUAUGGACAAAACUGCACAACUCCGGAAUUCUCCACCUGGAUUAAAGUGACCCUGAAGCCAUCCCCUAAUACUGUGCACUAUAUUCUCACACAUUUUAAGGGGUUCUGGAACAUUGUCAACAGUAUUUCUUUUCUAAGAGAUGCCAUCAUGAGAUAUGUGCUCACAUCUCGAUCCCACAUGAUCGACAGUCCCCCCACCUACAACGCUGAUUACGGCUACAAAAGCUGGGAAGCCUAUUCCAACCUGUCAUACUAUACCCGCACCUUACCCCCAGUGCCAGAGAACUGCCCUACCCCUAUGGGAGUAAAAGGAAAAAAAGAACUCCCCAAUGUUAAGGAGUUGGCAGAGAAGCUCUUGAUAAGGAGAAAGUUCAUUCCAGACCCGCAGGGCACCAACCUCAUGUUUGCCUUCUUCGCACAGCACUUCACCCACCAGUUCUUUAAAUCUGAUAUGAAAAACGGACCUGCUUUCACUGUGGCACAAGGUCAUGGGGUGGAUCUGAGCCACAUCUAUGGAGGCAACCUGGCACGGCAACACAAACUCAGACUCUUCAAGGAUGGAAAGCUUAAACAUCAGGUUCUGAAUGGAGAGGUGUACCCCCCAACAGUUAAGGACGUUGGCGUUGAAAUGCACUACCCGCCUCAUGUCUCGGAGUCUCAGCGCUUCGCUGUUGGCCACGAGGCAUUCGGGCUGGUCCCCGGCCUCAUGAUGUACGCCACCAUCUGGCUCCGUGAACACAACCGAGUGUGUGAUGUUCUGAAGGAGGUCCACCCCUACUGGGACGAUGAAAGACUUUUCCAGACUGCACGACUCAUCCUUAUCGGUGAGACCAUCAAGAUUGUGAUUGAGGACUAUGUGCAGCACCUGAGUGGCUAUCACUUCAAGCUGAAGUUUGACCCUGAACUUCUCUUCAAUCAACGCUUCCAGUACCAAAACCGCAUCUCAUCCGAGUUCAACACACUCUACCACUGGCACCCACUGAUGCCUGAUAGCUUCCAUAUAGAGGAAAAAGAGUACAGCUACAAGGAAUUUGUCUUCAAUACCUCAGUGCUGACCGAGCAUGGCAUCAACAACCUGGUGGAGUCAUUCAGUAAGCAGAUAGCAGGACGGGUUGCUGGUGGUCGUAACGUCCCAGGACCCAUCUUGUACGUGGCCAUCAAGUCCAUAGAGAACAGCAGACAAAUGCGCUACCAGUCACUCAAUGAAUACAGAAAGCGCUUUAACAUGAAGCCAUAUACGUCUUUUGAAGACAUGACAGGAGAGAAAGAGAUGGCUGCAGUGCUGGAAGAACUGUACGGAGAUGUGGAUGCUGUGGAACUCUACGCGGGACUGCUGGUGGAGAAACCCCGCCACAACGGCAUCUUCGGGGAGACGAUGGUGGAAAUGGGAGCCCCUUACUCGCUCAAAGGUUUAAUGGGGAAUGCCAUUUGCUCUCCGGAAUACUGGAAACCCAGCACUUUUGGAGGCAGCGUCGGCUUCGACAUCGUCAACACGGCCUCUUUGCAGAAGCUUGUUUGUAAUAAUGUCAGGGGUCCUUGUCCUCUGGCCUCCUUCCAUGUACCUGAUGUGAAAGACACAGGAUCCACAGUUAUCAACAGUUCUUCAAGCUCUCGCCUGGCAGAUGUCAACCCCACCGUCUUCUUGAAAGAAAGGACUACUGAGUUGUAAACACAACAAAUGGAUUUGAAUAUUUAUUUAUUUGCCUAUUUAUUUUGUAUUUAUUGUCUUUUUUAUUUAUAUAGAAUAAUUUAAAAUGUCUAAGAUAUUUUUAAAAAUAGAUUUUUAGUGAUUAUUUGUAUGUCAUUUCUUUUUUUAAACAUCAUUGCUCUUAUUGAGGGAAGACUAGGAUUGGAGUUUAGAUAGUUAACUUACUGGAAGUUGAUACUUGAAUUUUAGUUUACCCACUUAGUUUCCCUGCACUGGUUGUUACAUUUCCGUUUAUGUUCUGUGGGGCUUUUCCAUGGAUGCAAUGGUAAUGUGAAAUUUAUUAAAAAAAAAGAAAAAUCAAAAGAACAGUAGUCCUUUUGUGUUUUUUUGUACAAUGACCAACAUUGACUCUUUAUAUGUAACUUACAUUAAGAUGCCUUUCCCACUUCAGUAUUUCUUUUUAAUACCCUUUCCUCUGAGUCUGGUAGUUGCUGACAGAGAGAAUCUUUUGAAAGUUGAUGUAAAUCAGUUUUCUUCAAUUGGGGGAAUUUUGUCUGAUGGGAGGGGUACAGCCUGAAUGAACAUCAGUUACAGUCUUGACUUACAGGUGAUGUUACAAGAAAUACAAAUGAAUUGCAAUUUUUUUUAAAUGUGACUUUUUGCUUUGAAAUAAAUUUCAACUCAUUUUUAUCUGGUGAAUAAAUUGAUUUUUUUUUUGUUCCCCAUCACUCCACUUUGUGCCACACACACAAAAUACAAAAGAAACAUCCUCUUCCUGCUUCUCCUUCAUCAAAAGGGGGUAAGAAGGUUCUGGUUUGAAUCCUGACUGGAGAAAGUUUGGGUGAAGUUCCACCUGCCAGGAUUUGCCACAUACUCAAAAACAACUUUACUACCUUAAUAAAAAAAUAAUAAAAUAAAAAAAAA